AUGCCAACUCCAAAGUCAUAUGUUACCUGGUUCGAUGAGGAUGACUGGAUCAGCGCUGUCAUUUCUUUCCCUUCCGGUUCAAAAUGGAGAGUGGACACCAAAAUUGGAGAGCACGAAUAUUACCAACCCCAGCUUGAUGUAGAAGAGCUGGGGGUCCAAUCCGAGGCACGCGGGUCGUUCAUUUGCUCUAAAUUAUCAGGAGAUGGUCCACCGAGUACCUUUCUGAAAGUUCGUCUCCAGAUUCCGUGGAUUGGAACAACCACAAAAAAAUCAUCGAUUCGUGCGCAGCAGGCCACUUCAGAUUUUCCUCCAGGUUUUCAUACUGAAAUUGAAGAUUUAUCCGUUUUAAAAAAGGCGAACUGCUCUAGCACCCCUUCCCUCCUCGACUGGAAGGAAGAGCAGCAGACUAAUGAUGAAUGGAUACCAGGAGGAUUUAAGCUGUGCAUCCUUAUGGAGCGACUCCCGGGGAUAGAUCCAUCCGAUGGAUUUAUAAAUCGGACAAUGGAUCGUCCUGAACGGGAUGCUCUACGAGCGGCCUUUAAGACAGCUUGGAUGUGA